AUGGAUACUCACUCAUUUGUCUAUGAAGGAGAAGUGGUUAUUGGGAGGGAGGGUGAUAGAAUGAAAAUCCUUCAACUUUUGUUGGAUACGAAAUCUGACCAUGAGAAUGUAUCAGUUGUUAAUAUAGUGGGUCAUGGUGGACUAGGAAAGACCACACUUGCUCAACUUGUGUUCAAUGAUGAAAAAGUUGAAAAACAUUUUGAUCUCAAGGACAAGCUGAAAGAAGAGUUCCAGGGAAGUGCAAGAGCAAGACAGAUGCAAGUAUUGAACUUAAAGAGGGAGUUCGAAACUUUAAGAAUGAAGGAUUCUGAGUUAGUAAAAGACUUCAUUGACAAACUAAUGAAGGUAGUAAACCAAAUCAGAAUUCUUGGAGAGGAGCUAGGAGAUAGAAGAGUGGUGGAGAAAGUGGUGGUCAGCUUACCAGAAAAGUUCGAAGCAAAGAUCUCAUCCCUGGAGGAGUCAAGAGACCUGAAUCAGAUUUCUUUGUCAGAGCUUGUUAAUGCUUUACAAGCAACUGAAUAA